UAUUUUUGGCACCUUGGCCUUGCCUCAUCAAGAAGCAAAGCAGGAAGGAGGAGCAGCAAAAUAUCCUGCUCUGGCCACGAGUGUCUCCUUGGGACACCCCUCAGUCCUCUGUUGUCCCCUCUCCCCAAGGGGCUCUGGGACCUUUGCGAUUCCUGCCUGUCAAGUUCAUUCAAGGGCCUUCAAGGACCUAACGAGCCCUUCAGGAUCACCUCCACGGAGCUGAGCAUGACACGGGACGAGGCCCUGCCGGACUCACAUUCCGCACAGGGUUUCUAUGAGAACUAUGAGACCAAGGAGAUCCUGGGCAGGGGAGUGAGCAGUGUUGUCAGGCGCUGUAUCCACAAGCCCACGUGCAAGGAGUACGCCGUGAAGAUCAUUGACAUCACCGGCGGGGGCAGCUUCAGCCCCCAGGAGGUGCAGGAGCUGCGACAGGCCACGCUGAAGGAGGUGGACAUCCUGCGCAAGGUGUCAGGGUACCCCAACAUAAUACAGCUGAAGGACACUUAUGAGAACAACACCUUCUUCUUCUUGGUGUUUGAUCUGAUGAAGAGAGGGGAGCUCUUUGAUUACCUCACUGAGAAGGUCACCCUGAGUGAGAAGGAAACCAGGAAGAUUAUGAGGUCCCUGCUGGAGGUGAUCUGCACCCUGCACAAACUCAACAUCGUACAUCGGGAUCUGAAGCCCGAGAACAUCCUCUUGGACGAUGACAUGAACAUCAAGCUCACAGACUUUGGCUUUUCCUGCCAGCUGGAGCCAGGACAGAAGCUACGAGAGAUCUGUGGCACUCCCAGCUACCUGGCCCCUGAGAUCAUUGAGUGCUCGAUGAACGAAGACCACCCAGGCUACGGGAAGGAGGCGGAUAUGUGGAGCACGGGGGUCAUCAUGUACACCCUGCUGGCCGGCUCCCCGCCCUUCUGGCACCGGAAGCAGAUGCUGAUGCUGAGGAUGAUCAUGAGUGGCAACUACCAGUUUGGCUCACCUGAGUGGGAUGACUACUCGGACACCGUGAAAGACUUGGUUUCCCGCUUCUUGGUGGUGAACCCUCAGGGCCGCCUUUCAGCAGAAGAGGCCCUUGCGCAUCCCUUCUUCCAGCAGUACGAUGUGGAAGAAGUGCGCCACUUCAGCCCCAGGGGGAAGUUCAAGGUGAUCGCUCUGACGGUGCUGGCUUCAGUGCGGAUCUACUACCAGUACCACCGGGUGAAGCCUGUGACCCGGGAGAUCGUCAUUCGUGACCCCUACGCCCUCCGGCCUCUGCGCCGACUCAUCGACGCCUAUGCUUUCCGAAUCUACGGCCACUGGGUGAAGAAGGGCCAGCAGCAGAACCGGGCUGCCCUCUUUGAGAACACACCCAAGGCCGUGCUCCUCUCCCUGGUUGAGGAGGACUACUGAGGUGCUGGUGGGAGGGCUGGGGGAGCAGGGGGCAGGCAGGGAGGGGAAGCCACAGAAGCGUUAGUCAAAGAGGGAAGACUGUGUGCUGGCCUCUGUGCUGAGGGCAGACUUGCUCCUAACCAGGCCUCCUGGGCCUGGGCCAUUACCCCCUCUCAGAGGCUCUGCAGGAGAGCAGGGCACCCCCACCACACAGUGGGAAGUGCAGCUGGGGCCAGGCCAGGGACCAGAUGUGGUCCGACCGCCAGGAGCCGUCCCACUCCUCUUCUAGCUGGUUGUGCCACUGCCUCAGCUUCUCAUGGGAGGCCCAGAGCUACUGACACCAGGAUGCACCUCCCUCAGGGUCCCAGAGUGAGAACGAAGGCCAGGCAACAGUCUGAGAUGCGCGAUCGUGGGAGAUUUUACUGGCCUCACAAUGUCCACGGGCGCAGGUUCUUCUCAAGGGGACAGUUUUCUAGAGGCAUCUAGAAGCCCCUACGGAAUUAACAAUAGAAAGGGAAACGUCUCGCAUUUGUCUUUCUGGGAGAUUAUUACUUUGUGACUUACGCGAUACACAGUUUGGCCUCCUCGCCCUUUAAAGACUGACGCUGUGCCUUAAAAGAGCCCAUGUUACUGCAAUUCACGGACAGCUAGUGGAAAUCAGGUUCCUUCAGAGGCACAUAAAACACUAUAAAUGAGACAAAUGAAGGAAGCGGUUUUUUUUUUCUACAGCAAUUUGCUGGGUAAACAGAGAACUGGGGAAAUUCUACCCUGAGAAACCACCACCAGAUCCCUGAAAUCAGACACCGAGAUGGGGGAAGGGAAUAGAUUUAAAAAUUUUAAACAAACUGCUUUUUGGAGUACUCUGCCUCAAUUGUUUGAGAAUUUGGCCCCUAUAUGGUUAAUAUUUGACCUCUAAAAGAAACACCCAGCUCCCUACCACAAUCCGUGAGAUAGGCCCCUUGACCAAGAGACAGUGGCGUCCUCUGAGGUCAGAGGUCUCUCCUGCCCUGGUGAGAGGUACCUGUCACAAAGGGAUGGGGGAGGGGAAGGCAGUCACUCCUGAGGCUGAGGCUGAAGAGCUUGAAUUUGGCUGUGUUUGGAAUGUGGCCAGGGCGGCAUGGGGUCUUCUCCUUGGCCCUGUGUGGCUGCUCACAGCUCCCCAGGUAACCGGCCUAUACCGGAAGCACAGCGGAAGCCUAGGUUGUCUGAGGCUGAAUCUGGAGUGUUGCCCAUCCUGCCACCAAAGGAGAGGAGAGUGAACAUUUGUUGAGAAAGGGGCCUUGGCCCUCACCCAGCUUUCCUGUUCCACGGCCCAGGGCCUGCAGUGGUCUGGGGUGCCUGAGGACUGUGAAGGGCAUGGUCUGGAAAACAGCCUGGUCUGAGGGUGCCCCUGGGGACAGGAAGCAGUGGAGGAAGUGAGAGUGGUCCUGGGAGAUUGCACUGGAGGGCAGGGAAGGCCAUGACUAAUAACUUUAACUAUUGGUGGUUAGGAAUAAUUCAGCCAAAGAAACCUGUCCCCAAGAGGUGAGAAUAUCUUAAGUCCUGGCCAGGCAGAUCAGUUGGUUCUAGGGUCAUCCUGAUACACCAAGGUUGUGAGUUCGAUCCCCAGUCACAGCACAUAUAAGAAUCAACCAAUGAAUGCAUAAAUAAGUGGAACAACAAAUCAGUGUUUUCCUCUCUUUCUCUCUCCCUUCUCCCCCCUCUCUCUCUAUAAUCAAUAAAUUCUUUUUAAAUUGAGAA